AUGCUGCUGUUGGUUAGACAGUGUCUGGUUCUGGUCCAGAUCUGGUCUGGGUCAGUGGUUUGGAAGCAGCAGCAGAACCAGAAAACAUUCCUGACCUACAUCCAUUGUUUUGAGGCAGCGACCCCCAGGGUUCUGUACAUGGCGUCAUUCUUCUACACUCUCAACUUCACCUGGAACCUUUACAAAGGAAUCAGAGAGAAACUCAGCAGCUGUUUCCAUGGUUACUUGGUACAGAUUUCUAACAGAGUGAGCACAGCAGGUAAAGCCACAGCUGUUCUCUCAGGUGUGGUUCCUCUCCUGCUCAUGACGCCCGUUUUUAUUGAAGGAAACAUCAGCCAGUGUCAGGCCAACUUCAGUCAGCCCUACAGGUGUUUGCUCAUGGACACUGGAGCGCUGUACUUGACCUCUAAGUACCGUCAGCCAAUCAGAAGCUGUCGUCUGCUCCACACGUACGCCGUCUCCGUCUUCGUCGUCUCCUUCGUCCUCACGCUCCUCAGCAACACGGCUCUCGUGGUCAGAGCUCGACACAUUUACAGGCGUGUUGUGACAUCACGAGGUUACCUUGGUAACGAGCAGCAGACCUCCCUGCGUGUGAUGGACCGCCGGAUGCUGCUGUACCCGCUGGUCUUCAUUAUCUGCUGGGGUCCAGCGGCGGCGUUAGCAUUUCUGCACGUGGUGAAGCCAUCAGCGUGUCAGGGUAAAGCCGGUGUCGUCCUCUACAUAUCACAGACAUUCACCACGGCGUCUCAAGGCUCCCUCAACUGUCUCGUCUACGGGUGCACGCACGCACGCCUCGGCCGCGCCAGCAGGGCGGCGCCGUCCCGAGACGUGGACACGCAGACGCCUCUGCUGCAGUCGCAGAAGAAGAGGAGCUACCAGGCGCUCAGCUGAGACAGAGGGGGAGGAGGAGGGAGAGGAGGGGGAGGGACGGGGGAGUCCUGAACUCUCACUGAGCUGCAGGGAAACCACCGCGGCGACAAAGACGUCCACCUGUGAGGAGGAAGCACUGAGGCGAG